GCCCCUGCCCCUCUCUGAUUAGGGUGCGCUGGGGCCGCUGCGCUCCAAGCAGACUCCCCCAGUGCCUGCGAGGAGACCCCCGGUGCGCCCCGGGUUCAAAGGCUCCGCGCCGCAGCUCCAGCCCCCUCCGGGGGGCGGGGAGGCGAAAGGGGUGGUGCGGGAGCCAGAAAAGCCCGAGCCCACAGCGGCCAGCCCUGCGCAGGGAUGGGCAGCGCGCUCUGAAAGUUCGUGACCGCCGCAGCCAACUGUUGGCCCGAGCCUGGGACGCAGACAGUGAUCCGCCCGACUUGGAAGCGGUGCCCGGCCCCAGUUCCCUUUCUAGGCCUCAGGCGGCCCUCCUCCAGGCAAGGUGCUCCGGUACCUGAUGGGGUUCAUGGAGCCCGGGCUGUGGCUCCUUUUCGGGCUCACAGUGACCUCAGCUGCAGGAUUCACUCCUUGCCUCCAGCCUGGGGGCUCUGGCAGGACCAGUGUGCCCCAGGCUCCCCCUGCAACCAGAUCUGAGGGGGACUGUGAAGAGAAUGUGGCAGAGCCCAGUGAAGGGACAAGUCCUGGAAGUCCUGGGCAGAAGCAGGGGCCCAGUUGGUCUGGAGAGCAGGCAGAGGGGGUCUCUGUGCACCACCGCUCCCGGCGCUGCACAUGCUUCACGUACAAGGACAAGGAGUGUGUCUACUAUUGCCACCUGGACAUCAUCUGGAUCAACACUCCUGAACGGACGGUGCCCUAUGGACUGUCUAACUACAGAAGAAGCUCCCGGGGAAAGAGAUCCUUGGGACGGGUCCCAGGGAGCUCACAGCCCUCGGUGGGGACGCACUUGCGCUGUGCUUGUGCGGGCAGAGAUGAUGAGGCCUGCCUACGCUUCUGCAUGUCGACCCUGGACGUCAGCAGAAACUCCAGGACAGCAGAAAACCCAGACAAAGAAGAGAAGCAGAGGGCCAGAGGGACCCGUGGAGGCCUGCGUCAAAGGAUAGGUUGAAGUCCAGGACAGACAGAACACGCAGCGCUUAGGCGGCAGCCGCGGAUGCCUGCUCUCCGCAUGGACUUCCUCCCUGCCCUCCCCGCCUGCUCGCUAUCUUCCCGGAAGGAGCCACUGCUCUCUAUGGUCACAUUCCCACCCCUUUAGGGACAAGGGGUGAAUUUGUCGGGGGCAGAAAACCCACCCAAAGAGUCCCCACUUAACAAUACACCCCUACUCCAAGAAUGCCCCAAUCCAAAUGACCCCGCUUCCCCUAAUGGGUAAAAUGAUCCCAGAUGUGCCCAGGCCCAGACGCCCGCGGCUCCGGUUUCACGCAGGAAAUUGUUUUUGGAGAGGUAUGGCAAGCUGGAAAGCCACUUACUGGCUUUUGACACGACUUCUCUUGGAGAGUAAGUGGAUGCCAGGCAGGCUCUUUGCAAAUGUAAACACAUGUCCAUCUUGUCCUAGAUGUGCAAGGCCGGCGUGGCCAGGGCACGUCGGCCUCUGCAGGCUGCAUGCUGAAAUCAGCGAGGUGAGGGCCUGCGCGAGCCCGAAUGCACAGUAGUUUGAGUCUGAAGCCUGAGACCAAAAUUUGUAGCCAUGCUUGGUUCCCAUCAAAGAAAUGUAUCGAGAAAGAAAGGAAGAAAAAAAAUGAAGAAAGGAAGAAAGAAAGAGGCUCUGAUGUUUGUGACGAGGAAAGGAGAAAUUGACAUCUGAUAGAUUUGAACUCUGGGCUCCAUAGCGCUCAUCCCUGGUCCGUGGACUGGCCGGUUGUGUCCCUCGUAGACACCAGGCCCGUGCGCAGCGGAGCUCUCCAGCCUCGUUGACCAGAAGCUUGCUGUGAGUCAGCCCCGGCUCCAGGUUAUUAGCAGGAACAUUUGCUUUCUUUGGAGAGUAGCUUCAAAAUAAGCCAUGAACACAAACUCUGCAAAUUAUGUAAAUUCCUAUUUAUCUGUAUGAUUGGCAGUGACAGGGAACGGCGAUGCUGCUGGGCCUCCUCGCGGUGCCGUACUCGCAGUGAGUGUGGGGCUGUGGCUGGGCCACCCCAAGCCCUCUACUGGGGGGUGUGGGGAGAGCGCCACCCCCCACUGGGCCGCAGGGCCAGCAGAGCAUCUUGGGAGCAGUGGCAAGGGCACCCUCCAGGGUAUUUCAGAGGGUGCGUGGUGGAGCUCGGGCCUUGUCUGCACGCAGGACUCGGGGACGCAUCGUUCUACCCCUGACUCCAGGAGUAAGGUGCGUACCUAUCGUGAGCGAAUUCUGUACAGGUUAAGAGAAGUGAUUAUUUAUUGGGAAAGUGUCCUCUACUUCAGCUCUUUUAUGGGAUCUGUUAAAAGUGAAGUCACUGCACACAUACAGAUUUUAAAUUGUGUUCUGAAUCCAAACUCAUAUUCCUUAGAGCUUGAAUUACAUUUUUAAAUGUGGAUGUGCUGUCUGGCAUGGUGCGAGGUGGUGUCUCAGAGAGGAAUUUGCUCAUGGCGUGAACACUCAGAAAAUACUGUCAAAUGCAUAAUAAAAAACCUGAAAGUUUGUUCUGA